UCCAGUCACUCAACUUCUAACUGUUGCGGUUGCCCGGAAAGCUGGCGAGCCGUGACUGGGGGAGUUUCAUCUAACCGUUGAUUAGCUAAUGUAUUUAGAGGCAGUAUUUACAAUAUUAGCCUUCCCAUCCGCAUAACAGCAAGUGGAGGGGAAUUCACUUAAACUGGCAGAGUAGAGAUGGACGGAGAUGACUGCAGUUUUCCUCCUGAUUCAUCAGAUGGUCACUCGCAGAGAGGAAGUGUUGCUUCCUCUGCAACUCUCUCCCGUGCUCAAGAUGUGCUUGUAUACCUGUGUGGUGACAGCGCUGUGCACCUAACAGUAGAAGGGCUUGGCAGUGUCUCUGUGCAGGAGUUGGGCCGCAGUGUUCGUGAGGCUCUCCAUAUUCCUGAGACUGCACAGGAUGCUUUUGCUCUUUGGUUGUCUUCUCCCCUGCUCGAAUUACAGUUAAAGGCUAGGCAUCAACCAUACAAGCUGUGUCGUCAGUGGCAGGACUUGCUGUAUCGUUUUACUGAAGCCUCUGAGGAAGACAUUUCACAAGAUGAACCGUGUCUCCAGUACCGUCGGAACGUGUAUUAUCCUAAAUCUAAAGAGCUGCAGAUAGAGGAUGAGGGAGUGCUCAGGCUCCUGUAUGAGGAGGCCAGGGGCAACAUCCUCAUGGGCCGAUACCCCUGCGACCCCGAGCACUGGACCACACUUGGAGCCUUGUCUCUCGCUAUAGAUGAGGGAACUGGUCUUGAUGGGCAACAAAUCACUACUACUAUAAGAGGGAAGAAGCUGUCUUCUUUCCUGCCCGUACAUGUUGCCAUGGGCAGUGGGGGGUUGCUCUCCACUCUGAGAGGGAAGUCGAGCCGCCAGACGGGGCUGGAGCAGAACCUGUUGGAGGAGUACAGGAAGAUCAGCUCACCUGCUGGGAACUCUCCCGAGCCCACACAGCUCCUCCACCAGUACCUCAACACAUGUCACAACCUGCCUUACUAUGGGUGCGCUUUCUUCGGUGGAGAGAUUGACAAACCAGUGCAAGGGAUUCUCCAAAGGGCCAAACGCAAAGCUGUCAACGUUGGGAUCUGCCUGGAGGGAGUUUAUGUGAUGGAUGUAAAAGAGAAGCAUGUGCUGCUGGGUCUGCAUUUCAACGAGCUCUCCUGGGACCACAGCUACCCCGAGGAGCAGGGGGACUCACACAUCCUGUGGCUGGAGUUUGAUGGAGAGGAAGACGGCACUCCUGUCAACAAGUUGCUGAAGAUCUAUUCAAAACAGGCAGAGCUAAUGAGCGGCUUCAUUGAGUUCUGUGUGGAGCUGAGGUCUGCGUCUGAGGGAGGAGCUGCAGCCGAGAUGGACGGAGAGGUGGGGGCACAUCAGCAGCCUGGGGGGCAGGAUGGCAAGAACGGACGAGGAGGACGGCGCGGGAUGCUGCGCAGGCAGAGCAGCGUGGUCUGCAGUCGGGUCCAUUCACUUAACACUAUCAGCUACGUGGACAAUGGAAAAGAAAUCAAACGUUUGAAACCCAAGCGAGCCGCGUCCUUCUUCACCCGCCAGGUGUCUGCAGCCACGUACUCUGCAGUGCAGGUGACGGAGAGUCUGGAGCAGGGGUAAACUCGCCAGAGGCCCCCAUGCCUCUCAAAGACCAAACCUGAACACUUUACACUGAUACUUAAGGAGAAGACUUGAUACAAGCCUGAGACAUUUAACUGAAAAGAUAUGAACAUGCAAAGGACCAAGUGAGGCAUCUAGGUGUGAGUGACAAUGUUUAUCCUCUGAAGUUGUGUUUAUAUUAAGAAUACAGAUAUGUGAAAAACAAAAAGGGUCUAAUAACCUCUACUCUUCUGAGGUCGAACUGAAGGGGCUAUUUUCUAUUAGGUAGCCUUACAUAAAGAAACUAUAAUGACAUUUCAAAAGAGCAGACCUCCGCCAAGGCCAGUGGUGCAUUCACAUGCUCCCCGAAGUAUCCUGUUUCCAACUGCAGUAUGUUCAUUAGCAAAGAUGUGUUGUAGUUUAAUGCUAACAGUGUUUAAAAAAGAACACGUUUUUUAAGUUUUCAAACACUUUAUGAAUGCAGCACUAAUGUAUCCACCCUGUGAUUUGGAUGUCAUGGGUGCUUCUUUAGCACGUGAUACACCCCUCCACUAAAUGUCCUGAAUAUAUGGCACUUUUCCCGUAAUCCUGCUGAAAGGCAAACUUAGCCGUGAACUAUCCUUGGCGGAGGUGCAUACAGCGUUCUCUGAGCAACUUCGUGAGACUAAGUUAGCCCUACAGAAAUCCUCAGACAAUGACUCCGUUGAUGACUGUAUAUCUCAUGACCGUUCUGUCCUUUCUGCAGCACUCAGGAGCUGCGUUUACUGCUAUUCAAAAAUGUAAACCUCGUUGGAGUAGAACCACUGCUUUACCUCUUUUGGGGGACUUUGACGUAAAAAAUAUAUAUCUCAAUACCAUCUUUUUGUGAGAGUUAACACACUCAACAUGAUGUCACUGUCAGGGGACGAUAUAAGGGCGUGCUCUCAACUGUUCUGCUUUUUCAAACUGCCAGUGCCUUGUCCUCAUCUAAGGGUGAAGACACUUUAGAAAAGUACUGGUAGAAACGUUGAGUGGUUGUUACUGAGUCCGUAUGGGAGCACUGUGUCUGUGCUGGGGAAGUACCUCUUCAGUACAUUGUUUAAAGAUAUCAUUCAUAUCAAAUAAUUCUGCUGUGAACGUAAAAAGGAACAGGAUAAAACGGACAUUUAACAAAAACUCUUGUUAGCAAUUAUUGAAUCAAAUCACCAUAGUUAUGCUACAGAAUAACAGCAGCUUGGCAGAAUAGGUGCUCUUUGGAUCCAAGGACAUGAGACCAUCCCUUUUUAAGACGUUCAGUUUAAAUGUGAAGGCUCGAAGCCCAUUUAUUUGAGGCUUUCUGAUUUUUGCGAAGCAGUUUACUUUGUGUUCUUUUGUGAUUACUUGUUGAUCAAAGAGCUAAGUAGAAUUUAACCGAUCUCUUUUUGAUGGUCCAAGUUUCAAGUGAUGCAUCGUCCAUGCACAGCUCAGACUUGAUUAUCAAACUGAUGAGAAAGAAAAAACAACCUCCUUACUGUUGGCACUCUACUACCCGUGGACCCCGCGUUGAAAUAAUUGUUUCCAUUGCAAACACAAAAAUGGGUGACUACGAUGGAUACACUUUUGUUUGUACACAAUUGUGGCCUCCUGUUUUUUGCAUUUUUCUUUUGUUUAGAAAUAGUACAGUUUUCAUAAUGUGUUGAGGAGCAAAACUGCUUCUAUAAAAUAAGACAUUUCUGAGAUUCAUUUUCAAAGGACAGGACUAUGUGCUCUGUGGCAGACCAACUGACCAAUAACCUCUGCUACUAUGCUGUUGAACUCUCAGUCUGUACACCAAAGCAAGCCUUCUAACGUGCUGCAACACAGUAUGCUACCUUAAAGCCAGACCUCAGAGUCCCUCCAUUUGCCUCUCUGCACUUCACCCUAAUGCUAAUACAGGCCGUUUCUUCUUUCAUGUACUUCAACAAACAAGCUCUAAUCACUAAUAGCCAUUUGACAUACUGCCUUCCACAUCUUGUAUUCUUCCUGAUUUUUCCACAGCAUGCCAACUGACAAAUAUUUAUACUUUUCUUUAACUCAAUAUGUCAGCUGUGUCUGUAACCUACCUGCAGCAGUCCACUUAUUGUUGCUAACGUACACUAUGCAUUUCACAUUGUAGAAUAGGCAUUCCACAUCAGACUACACACACCUGAUACUGCACUAUUAAUACUAAUACACUGUUUAUAUACUUGUUUUUCUAUGGUUUGUGAGCUUUUACAUGAAAAUAUUUGUAUUUCAUUUUCAUAUACUUGUCAGUGUUCAUACACAAGAAUGAAGCAAAGAAAUAGGUCCUUGUCUUCUCAAGCAAUCACUUUGCAUUAAGUGCCUUUUUGCUUGUACUCAGUUGGCGUCUGAAUGCCUGUUUUUGGUGCUUGGAAACCAGGAAGGGAUAUUAUUGCUAUGGUUUAAAAAAAAUAUAUAAUCAUGUUUUCUAAUAUAUUUCCAGCUACACCAUGCAUUUCAUAUUUCAUACUGUAGCUGAUGUGAGUAUAUUGAUAAAGUGGAUGACUACACUGGGCUGCUGUUGAACAGUGUGAUUCCUCUCAAUGGAGUGGUGGAUCUGCCUUCAUUAGAAUACGUCUGAUAUGCUUUUUUUCUUUUUUAAAUAAAUUGAUGCCAGGCCUAUCCAUCUCUUAAAGGUGUGUGUAAUACUUCACCUACUUAUGUGUGAUUUUAUCGAGGCACUAUGUUUGUAUUUCUAUACAUGGAUGUCCAUCAAUGUAAGCCUAAUGAUCUCAUUUAUGUGAGGCACCGAAGAAAGAAAUGUGUCGCCAUUAACCUCUUUCUCCUAAAACCUUAUAUUUUGCUUUGCGCUCUUCUCAGAUAAUACAGAUGUAGAUUUAUUUUACGGUAAAAUCAAGAACGUGUUGGUUACAAAUUGGUAAUAUAGUGAGGGAUGUGGUUUAUCGUUAAGACCUAUUUUAACCGUUGCUCUAUGAUUCAUGUGUAAAUAGUUUUCAAUGCACCUAAUAAUAUUGUAUUUACUUUAAAUAAAUACUAAUAAAUUGAACAAUGCCGAGCAGAUCACAGGUUAUGAUUCCACUGAUACAUUGAUGUGCAUAAUGCAAUAUUAUAUAGUCUUUUGUCAGAUUUUCAGUCUUUGACCAAUAAAAUAAAAGUGUUUUUUUUCUCAAGAUAAA